AUGAACUCGCCACGCGCCCAUCAAAGCACCGCCGACCUCCAUUCGCACCUUGCCACAGACGACUCGGGCACGAGCACCAUGAACUCGUGGAGACCAGAUACCUCUGAGGCGAUAGAUGACGUGGACGACAUAACUCCUCCCGACUGGGCCUAUCAGGUCAGCGCCGUCCUCGGUGCAAAUCUCGGUGUACCCGCAGAGGACAUUUUGUUUGCCAGUCUCGAUGGGGAGGGCAAUAUUGUUCGCAAAGAAGAGAAUCAGCCACAAGCUCCACCGACGAGUUGUCCACCCAUGUCGGGGAAGAUGCGCAACCAGUUUCAGGCGCGCAAGACGGUUCAGGAGGCGCUUGCGGAUUGUGGAGAUGAUGAAGAGUUGCGAAAGGCAGUCAAGCUUGCUGUCGAGUGUGAAGAGUAUAAAGCUGGCAAGGCGGUUCCAUCCGAGUUGCUUGCGGCGCUUUCAGAAACGGGCGGUGGGCGUAGUCAGAGCAAGUGUCGGUUUCCUGGAUGCGGAAAGCCGAGUGUGAGGACGGAUCGCGCCAAGGAGCAUGCACGAGUUCAUAUUGGGAACCACCCUUACAGCUGUACACGGGUUCAGGCUGAUGGGAAAAUAGGCUGUGGAGCGACAUUCCUUCGCAAGCACGACCGUAACCGACACGAUAAUGGUGCGGACAUUCUAUUAUGUGAUGACUGUGGCGCAAAGAUUCAGGGUAAAGGUCGCGAGUACAACCUCCAACGGCACAAGACAAACUAUUGCCCCGUACGAAAGGCGACUACCACCAAGGAGAGCGUAGCCAAAUCACCAGACGUACAGAAAAAGUCCCAGGUCAAUGCCAAGUCUCUUGGGCUCGACACCAGUCAAGGGCAUGCACCGGUACCAUCCACGUCUGCGUUGCCCAUGGGAGAAUAG